AACACAAACAGAAAGGAAUUAUUACAAGACAAGAGAUAGAAGAGAGACAUGUCGACUUCUUUCACAAUGAUCGGCGGUGAAGGUCGCAACAGUUACCAAGAACAUUCAAAAUACCAGGGAGCCUUGGUUAUAGCUGCAAAGGAAAAGAUCAAUGAAGCCAUUUCCACGAAACUCGAUAUCGACUUUACUUCAAAUCUUGUUAACAUAGCAGAUUUUGGUUGUUCCUCUGGACCAAACACUUUCACAGCGGUACAAACCAUAAUUGAUGCUGUGGAAAACAAGUAUAAGCAAGAAGGUGAUCUGGAAGAGAUCGAGUUCCAAGUUUUCUUCAAUGAUUCUUCCAACAACGAUUUCAACACUCUGUUCAAGACACUUCCUCCGGCUAGAAGAUAUUUCGCAACCGGAGUUCCGGCUUCGUUCUUUGGUCGUGUUCUUCCUAGAAAUAGUCUCCAUGUGGGAGUUUCUUCUUACUCACUCCAUUUCGUAUCCAAGAUUCCCAAAGAAGUCAAAGACCGUGAUUCGCCUGUUUGGAACCAGGACAUACAUUGCUCUGGAUCUUCAAAAGAAGUUACGAAAUUGUUUCUCGAUCAAUACAAGAUCGAUGUGGGGAGUUUCUUGAACGCGAGAGCUCAAGAGCUCGUGUCCGGUGGAUUACUAUUGCUUCUUGGAUCAUGUCGUCCAAAUGGAGUUCAAAUGUUUGAAACAGUUGAAGGAAUGAUGAUUGAUUUCAUUGGAGCUUCUCUUAAUGAAAUUGCUAACCAGGGUCUAAUAGAUCAACAAAAGCUUGACACUUUUAAAUUGCCUAUCUACGCUCCACAAGCGGAUGAAUUGAAGCAAAUCAUCGAGGAUAACGGGUGUUUCACGAUUGAGGUAUUCGAAAAAAUUAGCCACGCGAAGGGGGAGUAUCCGUUAGACCCCGAGUUUUUGACGGUCUCGUUUAAGGUCACGGUUGGAGGAUCUGUAGCUUCACUAUUUGGGCAAGAUGCGAUGGAGAAAACCUAUGAGCUUGUGAAAGAGAAGACGCAAGAAAUGCUUCCUCAAUUAGCCAAAGCCAAACCCGGAAUGCAAUACCUCAUUGUGCUUCGAAGAAACUGAUUUCCAUGGUCACUGGUCAACGUAGAUCUGUGAUUUGAAAUAAAUCUGAGACUUUAAU